AUGGCACCCAACGGCAGCUCGGGAGCUCAAGCAAGCCCACCACCGUAAGUUCCAUAGCAUUCAUUACCAACAACGAGAGAUGGAUGCAUUGCAUCGCAUCUCCCCAUCACCAUCAACAACAUCAACAGCGAAAAAAAACUCCAAAACAUCCCCCCGCCCGUUGACAACAACAACAAUAACCAUAACCAUGGUCGCAGACAAGGAAUCUACGUGCCCGUGCCAACCUUCUUCGCCCCCGAGGGCAGCCCAUCCUACGACCCCAUCUCCCCACCCCUCGACCUGCCCACGCAAUCCGCGCAUUCCCUGUUCCUCGUCCGCGGCGGCAUCCGAGGCCUCGUGCUCCUCGGCUCCACGGGCGAGGCCAUCUUCAUCCGCGCCAGCGAGCGCCACGAAUUGAUCCAGAGCCAGCGGAAAGCGCUGGACGAUGCCGGGUUUCGGGAUCGGCCGAUUAUCGCGGGCACGGCGAGUCAGAAUAUCGAGGAUACGGUGGAGUUGAUCGCGGAUAGUCGGGCGGCGGGGGCGGCAUAUGCGAUGGUGUUGGGGCCGGGGUAUUUUGCGCCUGCGACGGGGCAGGUGGGAUUGCAGAGGUGGUUUGAGGCUGUCGCGGAUAGGAGUCCGAUUCCGAUUUUGAUGUGAGUUUGGGAGCGAAACGCAGGAGGACGCCAGAGGGGGAAUUUACGGGCUGACAUCGAUGCACGCAGUUACCACUACCCGGGUGUCACCAACAACCUGUACAUUGCCCCGUCGACAUUCGAGAAGCUGGCAGCGCAUCCGAAUAUUGUCGGCACGAAGCUCUCGCAUGGCAUCAUUGAUGACCAGACGUUGAUUGCGUCCUCGCCCAACAUCGACCACCAGCACUUCUACGUCUUCACCGGUCUCGGUCAGAACCUGCUACCGGUGUUGACCAUCGGUGGUGUAGCCGCCAUUGACGGUCUGGCUGGCUGCUUCCCGAGAGUCGUCGUCCGACUAUUCCGGCAAUUCCACGACAGCUCCGCCAAGGGUACCACCAAAAAGGACAUCGACGAGAUGCGUGACCUGCAGUUCAGAAUCUGCGAAGGGGAGAAGCUCGUCGCAACUUGGGGUGUCGUGGGCAUGAAGGAAGCCAUUGCUCGCGUGUGGGGCAUGGGCGACGGAAAGGGUGGCCGUCUUCCUCUCGCAGGUGGCUUCCAGGAUGGGGACAAGGAGUGGGCCAAGUGGGAGAAGGUCUUUUCCGGGCUGAAGGAGCUGGAAGAGAAGUUCAAGGCUGAGGGAAAGGAGGGAUAG